UGACAAACAUGCCCUUUUUCUCUAGAAGUUGACGGAGGCGCUUCUCAUCCCUAGUACGAGAAAGUGACUCCGAAUUUUCUAUCGUCUUCCCUUCUUUCACACUCAAGCACGUUUUCAAAUUCCAGCAUUCCACGCAAACCCCAAUUGGCAAAGCGUGUUGGUGUAUCCGCCCACAUAAUUUUUUUGUUUUUAACUUAUUUGUUGGGUUUAGAUUACCAAAGUGCUAGAUUUGAGGUUCAUUGUUUUUGUUUUUUUAUUUUUUCUUCUAAUGAAUGUCGUGCUGGUAGAAGUUCUAGGAAGAAGCUAGUAGUUGUUGCUCUGAGGGUUAUUUAAUCACUGUAUAAUAUUAUUAUUACCCAGUUGGAGAUUAGUGUUUUUAUGAGUUCUGAUUGACGGGGUUGUUUGUUCUAGUUAGGAUUUGAUGUUGUAGAAGUUUGAAGCAUUUUUGAGCCAGAUAAUUGUACUUAAAAAGGUUAGAACUUGCAAUCCUGCAAGUGUUUUUCUCACUAGGAUUUGUGGGGGCAUUAGAGAAUAGUGAGAUUUUGUUGGCAGAUCUAAUAUCUCAGAAUUUGUAGGGUAACCAUCGAGGUGCUUUAGUUUGGAAGGAAGAUGGUUGGAAGCAAUGGGAAUGCAUUUUCAAAUGGUUCUCUUUUGAAUGUAAAUGGUGGUAGUUUAGAAGAGAAGGUUGAUGAGAUUCGUGGGCUUAUUGGGAAAGUGGAGGGCGAUCCAUUGAGAAUAGUUGGCGUUGGAGCUGGUGCUUGGGGUAGUGUGUUUAUUGCUAUGUUGCAGGAGGCUUAUGGUAGUUUAAGAGAAAAGGUUCUGAUAAGGAUAUGGAGAAGGCAGGGAAGAACGGUUGACAGGGCCACGGCUGAGCACUUGUUUGAGGUGAUCAAUUCAAGGGAGGAUGUACUGAGGAGGCUUAUUAGGAGGUGUGCAUAUUUGAAAUAUGUUGAGGCUAGGUUAGGUGAUAGAACACUUUAUGCAGAUGAGAUUUUGAAAGAUGGGUUUUGCUUGAAUAUGAUUGAUACCCCUCUGUGCCCUCUGAAGGUUGUGACAAACCUGCAGGAGGCUGUGUGGGAUGCUGAUAUUGUGAUUAAUGGCUUGCCAUCAACGGAAACUCGUGAGGUGUUUGAGGAAAUUAGUAAGUACUGGAAAGAGAGAAUCACUGUCCCUGUCAUUGUUUCCUUGGCAAAAGGUGUAGAGGCUGAAUUGGGCACUGAGCCACGGAUAAUAACUCCAACUCUAAUGAUCAAUCGAGCAACUGGAGUUCCCAUGGAGAGCAUCCUUUAUCUUGGAGGACCAAACAUUGCCUCAGAAAUUUACAACAAGGAAUAUGCAAAUGCUCGGAUAUGUGGGGCAGAAAAAUGGAGGAAACCGUUGGCAAAGUUUUUGAGGCAAACUCACUUUAUAGUGUGGGAUAAUGUUGAUCUUGUUACCCAUGAAAUCAUGGGUGGAUUGAAGAAUGUAUAUGCUAUUGGAGCAGGGAUGGUUGCUGCUUUAACAAAUGAAAGUGCCACCAGCAAAUCAGUAUACUUUGCACACUGUACCUCAGAGAUGAUUUUUAUCACUCAUCUAUUGACAGAAGAACCAGAGAAACUUGCAGGGCCACUUUUGGCCGAUACUUAUGUAACCUUGUUGAAAGGCCGUAAUGCAUGGUAUGGACAGAAGCUGGCCAAAGGUGAAUUGAGCCUUGAAAUGGGUGACAGUAUCAAGGGCAAGGGGAUGAUUCAGGGAGUUUCUGCUGUUAGAGCUUUUUAUGAGCUACUUAGCCAUUCCAGCUUAAAUGUCCUUAAUCCUGAAGAAAACAAGCAUGUAGCUCCAGUGGAGCUUUGUCCCAUCUUGAAGAUGUUGUACAAAAUACUGAUAAUAAGGGAAUCUCCUACCCAAGCCAUUCUGCAAGCAUUAAGAGAUGAGACCAUGAAUGAUCCCCGUGAGCGCAUUUUGAUUGCCCAAAGCCAUGUGUUUUAUAGGCCAUCUCUUCUUGGUCACAAGCCUUAGUGUUUGGUUCUACGUUGAAAAGCUUCCAACACCACUUUAAAUCUAGAGUGCAUUGCAACACUCUGAUCUCAAUGACACAGUCUCAUGAUGUUUGUAAAUAUUAUUUUGUAUAUUUCUUUCCCAUUCUCAUCGCCUCCAAUCAUGGGUUGUUGUCAUGCUUGGUAAGAUUUUGACUCUAAUAAUGGAUUGUCAAUUUGUCAUGCAUGAUAAGAUCGACUUUUGUAAUAAUCACGUCAAAAAUUAUAUUUAAAUUUAUUUUGAAUUGGUUGAUUAUAAAA